CUUUUAAAAACAACAUUGCAUUUACUCUAAAAUAAAGCUGGAUGGCUGAGUGGUUACAAAGAUUAACUGUAACAGCUUUUUGUGCUGUUGUCAUGUCCGUCAGCCAGACGACAAGGACCAGGGAGUCUGUUAAAAGCAGCAAAUGUAAAAUGUGAUACUGUUACUUUCGUACUGUUGAGUUUGUGCUGUUGUCUCAUUACCUGCAAUGCAAAUGCUCAUGCUCAAGUAUUCACACAAGUAUGUGCGCCCUGAUACCUUCCCUCCAGUAUUUUAAGGCGGUAUCCUCAGCAGAGGCGUGGUAUAGCAGCUUGUACCAAUAAAAUAAACUGUCACUUCAUUUCCUUAUAACCCAACUGCAGGAAUUGAGACCUAAUUCAGCUGUGUUUACAGGCAAGAUUUUAUUAGUACAAAAAAAACUUAACAGCAUAAAGCCGUCAUCAGAGUUACAAAACAAAUGUGAAUCUAUAGAGUCAAUGAAAUAUUCUGUUUUAACCAUCUCCAGGCCUCUGAACUUGGCCUUCCUUAUCUUCUCUAGCAGAUCCUUUGGCCAUAAGCCAGUUAUUUCAAGGCCCUAUUAGCUUCAUAAAUUAGGUGGGCAAGUGAAAUGAAAGUAGAUUGUGACUGACUGAAAACAGACGGCUCGGGUUAUGAUCUAAACACUCAGAGCUGUGUUGGUGCUUUGUUUAAAUUGUGUAUAGAUGCAGCUUUCCUUUUAAUCACUAGUCACACACCUGCUUUUAAAAUAAGUUAUAUAAACUGUUAUUCUGUGGUUGUCAAAACAAAAGAACUUAAAUGCAGUUAAUUGCGACAACACUUGUUUUUUGCCUCCUAACAUUUACAGAAUUAUUUAUGUAGGAUUGAUUUAACACCGCCAUGGUAGUAGUUGUUUCUUUUGAGUUAGUUAGUUAGUCAUUUAUAUAAGCAGCAAUGGUGUCCAGUGCUGCCGUUGGUCACAAAGGUUUUCUCCAGCGCAGCAACAUUUAUAUACUGAGCUGCUGAGGCAGCAAGCUGUUGGCUUUGCAGGUUUGUCUGAUAGCAGUUGCAGAGUCAGAAAGCAGCAGUAACAUAGUUAAAACAAUUUAACAAUAAUAUCUGCAGUAUUAUUUGGGAAAUAACCACACAACAUGGCUCCUCCACAGGCCUGAAAAUGAAAGGGAAAUAUGUAGAGCAAGUGUAGCCAGUUUUAGAUGCUUGGGAAAUACAUAUACAUAUAUAUAUGUUUUAUGGCCAAUAAUUAAGAAAAUAAAUUCACUUCACUUUGAAAGGCAACAGGGAUGUUUCAGGUUUGCAGAUCUUUAUUUCAAAAUGGAAGCAAGCCCCCACAAAACACCAAUCCUCCUGCUGGCUAAAUGUAGACUUUGAACAUCUUUGAUCUUUUAAAUUGACAGUGUAGUGUUUUUUUAAAAGAAUAUACCUUUGGAGGUACUCACUGGUUUGAUUCAUUCAGAACCAGAUUUUAAAAUGUCCACCUUUGUCCAGCCAGGCUCUUGUGGCGGAGGAGAUAAGAGACUGUGCGAAGGCCUUUGAACCACAGAGCUUCAAUGACAAGUUUAACUGACCCUUUAUUUUCCUUUGCAUUGUAAGCGACCAGUUCCUUUUCUUUCCCCUAGCAACCAAUCAGUCCAUUCGCAAUUUAUAGGGAUUUCUUUGAGCUUGUACGUGUGAUCUUCCGCCUUAACACUGGUCUGAUGUUACAGGUUUUUGUUUUUCUGCAUCCUAACCUGUAGCUGCACCCUCCCACUCCCUGUCCAUUUGCAUGGCAACCCUUUACCAGGCCAGCUGCUGCUGCCCUUUUCUUUCUUCAUGUUGAAUUCUAAUCAUUACUUUCAAAGGAAAGCGUCUCCAAAGCUCCUUUAUCAAGUGUUCGUACUGGGAGGAGGCAAGCCGCUGUCCAACACCCACUCAGGCUACUGCUCUUCUUCUUAACGCUUCUGUUCUGCAAACCAGGAACAUUUCCUAUUAGUAACCUGCUUUUUCAAGUUUGGAGAAACAUCGUAUGGAAGAAGAAGGUAAGGAUUACUAGUAGUGGUGGGAAUUUGUUCAUAUUUUAUUUUUAUUUAUGAAGGAGAAUAUCAGAAAACUUGAGAUGGUAAAUUGUAGUGGGAUGGUUAAAGUCGAAAAUAAGACAACCACCAUUUGGAAUAAUUAGGUUUGGCUCUUAAAAAAGGAUGAGCACCCAUGAAAAUGAUACCUAAGUUGUAAAGCAUGUUAAGAUGAACUGUUCUCUGUCUUUGAGUAUUUACUGAGGGGUUUAUUUAAGAGUGAGCACAUUAAAGAUCAUGUAGUAGCAGUGUACGUCACAUCAGGAUGACGUCUGAUAAAAUAAAAAUAAAUGGAUAUAUCAGUACUUUUCUAGAAAUAUGACAAUUCUGUGGGUUUCACCGACUAAAGUUAUUCAUUUACGAUGCUUUUUCACACUUUUUUUUGUCACAGUAAAAGUGAUAAAACAGUAUAGGUGACACAAAAUAACAUAAAUUUCUUCAAUCUUUGUAGUAAUUUAAGACUUUAGCACAACAAUGCCUAAUUCUAACUGAUGAAUGUAUUUCCUCCAAAAUAGUUCAAUAAUGUAUGAAACUGAGCCUUCUUGAUUUUCAUGUCCAGUACACUAAGAUCAGAGGGGGGUCACAUCUGCUUCUGACAGAGUGUUUCACAUUCAUAACCAGCUGAACACACAGUUUGAGAUUAAAGAAAUAAUUGCUUUUAUACCAGUGAUUAUUUUGCUUUGAGUAAACACUCUACAUGUAAGCACGGGAGUGUGUAUUAUUAGUCAAAUAACUGACUGACUGUUAAAUUUACUUUUUAAGGAUUAAGUACAUUUGAUUUACUUUUUUUCAUCCAUGUUUCUCACCAAGCAAAUGUCAUUAUUGAGGCUAAAAACAGACAAAAAUAUGAGAUGAAACAGUUUUUAAAAUACUUUAAAAAUUACAUUAGUUUCUAUGUUUCUUUUGUUGCCUUUGAAGACAAACAUUUUUCUCAUUUUUAAAGAUCUGUCUGAUUUGUGUACACAGUUGUUUCUUCUUCUUGGGUAAUUCUGAGAUCCUUCUGCAGUCUGGGCUUAAUACCAUAUGCUCAUUUUUUGGGGGAAAAAGAAGAAAAAUAAACAUUAAUUUAUGGAAAACUGUGUGCACAUCAUUUAACUAACAUUCUGAAUUCAAAUAUAUUUCAGUCUAUUUCUUUGUUGAAUCUGUGUGUCAUCCUCCUCUUUCACAUCUUCCCUCUUUCUUUCCAGUUACAAGUGAAAAAUUAUCUGUGUAUGUGAUCUUUUUUUUUUUUUAGCUCUGCAGUGAUGCCAUGAGGUUGAUUCUGGUUAAACCCACCAAUGCAACUCGACGUCUUGACUCAACGGGUGAAGUCUUCCGUGAUGAGGACCAUGAGCAUUGUACCUCAGGAGGUCCAUCACCUCUGACAAAAUCUCCUGAGCAGAUGCAUGAUCGAUACUCCGGUACCUCUGUGGAAGCAUCGUCUCCCCCACAGGAGACGAGUCUGUGCUGUGUUUCAUCUUCACCCCACGAAAGGUCUAAUGGAAUCAGUCCGUCGCGAGUUUCAGCCCAGAUGUCACCACUGAAAACCCGAAACCUAACCUUAUCACAGCUGAGUGAUCAGGAUUGGUUGCUGCUUUGUGGCCAGGUUAGUGGUGUAGGAGAUGAUUCACUCUCAGCAGAGACAGCAGGGACCAGUGUGGGACAUCCAAACCACAAUGACAGAUGUGGUUGUUCCUGUCCUGAUGCACACCAACAUACAACUUCUAGUUUUCAUCCACAGUCUAAACAGGGCUCAGUCCAAGACUGCCUCUCCCGGGUUUCAAACAAGAAAAACCUUUCAUCCUUACCACACACCCAGACUUUCUCACAAAGCCCCCAAGCUCUGACCACUUGCCAGGUUUUACCACAGCAAACAAACCAAAGGGAUCUUUUGAAACCUGCAACAAACCAUCCACAGGAUAAUUUCAUGCUCCAAUGCAGUGACCAAGAAGGUCGAAAGGAGCUGUUGCAGCAACAGCCUUGCAAUCAUUUUAAACUGAAAGACAGCAGCCAAGCAACUUUAUUCAACAUCCCUUUGAACUCUAUAGAGUGUGCUGAAACAAACCAGAAACUUCACCAACAUCCUCAGUCUGCUGUCACGACAGACCUCAACUGGAGAGAGCUUUUUGGUAAAGAACCACUGCUAGUUCAGCAGUGUCAAAAGCAAGACUCUCACUGCUCAACGAGCAGCGAUCAAACCUGCAAGUCAUCUGGAGAUCCCUCCGUUGUCCUCAAGUGCCGUCAUCUCCCUUACAACCCUUUAACUACUACACGCGUGAAGAGGUCGUCGACUCCAGCCAGUAACAAAAGUGUCCAGUCCUUCUCCACCAGCCAGUAUAGUUCACUUGAGAACCAGGAUUUAGUGGAGGAGAGAGCAAGACAGCGACAAAGUCAGACAAACUCUCAGCACCUCAGUGGAUCAAGACUCUCCUUUGCCAAACACACCCCACCACCUUCUAACACCUUAGAAACUGGUGGCAUAGUAAACGGGGAUGCACUGCGACCGCUGAGCAGCCACGGCACAUCAAGUCACUUAGAUCUCAAUGCGGGCCAGCAGCCUCUUCAGCUCCUUCACAGUGCCAUCCUGGAGGACGCCUUCUCCAAAGUUAUCAGAGAAGAUUCCAGUAAGGCCAACAGCGAGAACCUGACCAGGGAGGAAGGCAGCGUACCACAGAAGAAGACCAAGGACAUUAGCUACCGGCUGGGUCAGAGGAGAGCUCUUUUUGGCAAGCGCAAACAGCUGAGCGAUUAUGCGUUGGUCUGUGGGAUGUUUGGCAUCAUCGUUAUGGUGAUUGAGACAGAGCUGUCGAGGGGGUUUUACAGCAAGGAAUCCAUAUAUUCAUAUGUACUGAAAGGCCUGAUCAGCCUCUCUACUGCUAUUCUUCUUGGACUCAUUGUGAUGUACCAUGCGAGGGAAAUCCAGCUCUUCAUGGUGGACAACGGAGCAGAUGAUUGGAGGAUAGCUAUGACCUUUGAGCGGAUCCUUUUUGUUGUGUUUGAGCUCCUUAUCUGUGCCAUCCAUCCAAUUCCGGGCCAAUACGUGUUCACCUGGACUGCCCGACUGGCCUUUAGCUACACAGCAUCAGUAGCGGACGCUGAUGUCGACAUCAUCCUCUCUGUGCCGAUGUUCAUGCGCCUCUACCUGAUUGGCCGGGUCAUGCUGCUCCACAGCAAGCUGUUCACAGACGCCUCCUCCCGCAGCAUUGGGGCGCUCAACAAGAUCAGCUUUGACACUCGUUUUGUCAUGAAGACUCUGAUGACCAUCUGCCCCGGCACAGUCCUGCUGGUCUUCAGCGUGUCCUGUUGGAUCAUUGCAGCGUGGACCGUGCGCGUAUGUGAGAGGUAUCAUGAUGCACAGGAAGUGACCAGUACCUUCCUUGGAGCAAUGUGGCUGAUCUCCAUAACCUUCCUGUCCAUCGGCUACGGAGACAUGGUCCCUCACACCUACUGUGGGAAGGGGGUUUGCCUCCUGACAGGAAUCAUGGGAGCGGGCUGCACAGCCUUAGUGGUCGCUGUUGUUGCAAGGAAGUCAGAACUCACCAGAGCCGAGAAGCACGUCCAUAACUUCAUGAUGGAUACUCAGCUCUACAAAAAGAUAAAAAACACAGCAGCCAAUGUGUUGAGGGAGACGUGGCUCAUCUACAAAAACACAAAGCUGGUCAAGAAGAUUGACCAUGCCCGGGUACGCCACCACCAGCGGAAAUUCCUGCAAGCCAUCCACCAACUGCGAACGGUGAAAAUGGAGCAAAGGAAACUGACUGAUCAGGCCAAUACAGUUGCUGACCUUGCCAAGACCCAGAACAUGAUGUAUGAUCUGGUGAUGGAGCUGCAGCAUCGAAGCGAGGAGUUAGACAGGAGGAUUGUAGCUCUGGAGGAGAAACUGGACUCCAUCCUCCUCAGCGUGCAGUCGCUGCCCGUUGUGCUUUCUCAAGCAAUAACAAAGCUACAAAAGGAUUUCCUGGACGACUUGGCCUGCCGUGUCCACUUCCUGUCAUCCUCCCUGAGCUCUGAGUGCUGUUCAGUCCCUGCCAGGCAGCUCUAUCCAGGAUCCACCACACCAGAGACACCAUACAGCUCAUAGGCCUCACUCAGUGGUUUUCAACCUUUUUUUUCAUGCUGGGAAUGAUUUUCUAAAAAUGCACAGCUACCAUCUCAUACUGAGCACUUCCAAUGAGAAGGGAAGUACAUCAUUUAGGGGAUAAAAAAGGGGAUUGUUAUUCCUUAAUUUCCUCUGCUUAAAGUUAAAGUUAGUCCAGGCACUGGGUUUUCACCUAUGAAGAGACAAACAUCAGUCCAUAGAGCCUCCUUUGGUCCAUAUAGGAAGAUCAUUUAUAUGGUUCAUGGAGUUAAAACUUUGUCAAUAAAAUCUAUGAUGAAAAUUAGGUGGACAUUUUUCCAACAUUUUUCCUAAUUCCUUCAUUCCUAACCAAUCAUCUAUCUUGCAGUAUUUUAGUUCUGAAACUUUCUCAGAAGUGUGCUUGUGACUGUGUUGUUCCUACAGUCACAGUGGCUAUAAAAGGAGGGAGAAAGGCUACUUCCCCUUUUAAUGCUGAGGCUGCAUAAGAUGGGAGUAUAAUGAAAGAAAAUAGAAUGUAUAAUUCCCUUAUUAGUGUAAUGCUAUGUCAACUAGAAGACAUCUGCUAUAGUUUGUGAAGAUUAAGAAAAAGAAACUUAAAGUCCCCCUCCACUCAAAGAUAUGUUUUUCUUCUUGUUCCUACAGUUGGAUGUUUGAGCUAUUCAUAGAUUCUGGUAUUUUUAAUGAGGUAAUAAAGCUACUUUUUCACACACAUGUUAUUGUUCCAAGCAGAUGGUUUGUAUAUAUAUCUUCAUACAUGUCUGAAGGGGAUCUUAAAGUUAACUUUUUAAAGAACGAGAUCAGUUUUUCUGUUCCUGUACAUCCGAGCGUUGUUGUUUUUCCUGCUGCAUUAGGACAAUGUUUUCUGCAUUUUACAGUAAAUGGGGCCCUCCAUUAGAAAAAAGUGAGUAGCCAUAGAGGAGGGAUUGUCUAUGAUUACUUUCAAAGCAAUAAUGGUCUAGUGCCAGCGCUGUUAUUUGCUCACCAUGAGAAGUGUAGCCUCCCAUGGUAAGACAACAGUUAUGAUUGUGUCAAAUGCUAGAUUAAAGCCUAGAGGGGAAGGAACGUUGCAGUCAGGACACCUAGACUUUAGAAGUUUGUCUGAAAGUAUAACAUUUAUUAAACACUAAAACUUGUUUCAUUUAAGACCUAAUUUGCUGCUUCUUUUCCUGUGUCUGUCCGGUAUCAGUAACUUUUUAAGUUGCAAUAAAGUGUGUUUAUAUUUAAUAACUGUAUUAGUUCUGAGACCGUCCUUUUUGUUUCCCUGGCCUUAGCCUACACAACAUUAAUAUUUUAUGUGUGUGUAUGAAGCAGUUUAGACAUAAUGGAGACAUACUGUGUCUCUCACAAGUGACGUAUACUUUGUAGUAUUUAAAAACGUUUUGUAGCAGCAACACAGUAUUUAAGACAGUCACUGGUAAUAAAACCUCU